CACACACACACACACACACACACACACACAUCACAUAAACCUGGAUAACAUGUGGAGCUGAUUCGGAUUAUAGAGCCGCACAGACGGAAAAGGUCUGUGGAUCGCCAGGCGUUCUACCAUGCCUGUCCCCCCACCCCUCAAUCCCUGCAGACAAAAACACCUGCCCCACACACACCUCCACCCCGAACAAAGGGCAGAACAUUCCACCUUCCCCUCCCUCUUCCCUCCAUCCAUCCCCUCUCUCUCUCUUCUCCGCCCUCUCCUUGUCUCAUCUUUACCCUCCUCAUCCCAUCUCAUCCACUGCGCCUGCCCCAGGACUACAAAAAGAAUCCUUCCUGACUCUGUCCCUUUCCCAGCGUUUCACUGGCUGACUCUGGUCACAUGCUGCCUGCUGCCUUCUCUGAUUGGAGCAGGGGAGACGUGGGGCGUGGUCUCGGCCUGUCCCUUCCACUGCGUGUGUCGAAAUCUUUCAGAAUCACUCAGCACGCUCUGUGCCGACAAGGGCCUCCUGUUUGUCCCCCCGCACGUUGACCGGCGCACCGUUGAGCUGCGACUGGCUGAUAACUUCAUCAUGGAAGUGGGUGGUAGCGACUUUGUUAACAUGACCGGAUUGGUUGAUUUGACUCUGUCGAGGAAUACCAUCCACCUGAUCCGACCUAUGGCCUUUGCUGACCUGGAGAGUUUGCGCUCGCUGCAUCUGGAUGGUAAUCGCUUGACAACACUUGGACCCAGGGACCUUGCAGGUUUGGUCAAUCUACAACACCUGAUCGUCAACAACAAUCAGCUGGUCAAAGUCUCUGCACAGGCCUUUGACGACUUUUUGCUCACACUGGAAGACCUGGAUAUGUCUUACAAUAAUCUCAGGAGGGUACCGUGGGAGUCCAUUCAAAACAUGGCCAGCCUGCACACUCUCAACUUGGACCAUAACCUGAUAGACCACAUAGCAGAAGGAGUCUUUGGAGAGCUGUAUAAGCUUGCAAGGCUGGACAUGACCUCCAACAGGCUCCGAACACUGCCUCCUGAUCCCCUCUUUGCAAGGUCCCAGACAGGUGCAAUAAGUCCCACCCCCUACAAUGCCGUCAUAAGCUUAAAUUUUGGGGGGAACCCGCUGCACUGCAAUUGUGAACUGCUGUGGUUACGGCGGCUUAUUCGUGGAGACGACAUGGAGACAUGUGCCACACCUGCUCACCUAGCAGGAAGAUAUUUCUGGUCGAUUCCCGAAGAGGAGUUUACUUGUGAACCACCUCUCAUCACCCGUCACACUCACAAGCUGUGGGUGCUGGAGGGCCAGCGAGCCACUCUAAAAUGCCGCGCCAUUGGCGAUCCUGAGCCGGUAAUCCACUGGGUUUCACCAGAUGACCGCAUCAUAGCGAAUUCAUCCCGGACCAGCUCCUUCAGCAAUGGGACCUUGGAUAUCUUGGUUACAGUUGCCCGUGAUGACGGGCCCUACACAUGCAUUGCAAUAAACGCAGCGGGUGAAGCAACUGCUACUGUGGACUUGAAAAUAAUCCCCCUGCCUCACCGGGGAGGAGCAGGUGGAAACACAGGGAAUAACAACGUGAACACCAAAAACAACAGGAACGUGACCAAUGGGAUUUUACGGACUGAUCCCGGCUCCUCGGAUAUCAGCACGGGGAAAAAUGGAGGGAUUAACAACAGCGCAGGGCGUGGAGGAGAGGGGGAAGACGGGAAAAGAGAUGCAGGGGAGAACGACGAGGGCAACAGUAGCAGGGCCUCCGAAGGGGAGAGGGUCGACGGAGGGAGCAUGGAGGACGACGAGGGGGACGAGGAGGAAGGAAGGAUGGUUGGAAUACAAGGGGUUACCUCAACCUCAGCUCAGGUCCGAUGGGAUUUGGGGCGUUUGUCUACAGCUUAUGUAGUCUGGAUGUAUCAGAUACAGUACAACUGCACCGCCGACGAGACCCUCAUCUACAGAAUACUACCAUCAACCAGUGACCGUUUCCUGUUGAAGAACUUGGUUUCCGGUGUGGACUACAACCUGUGUGUUCUGGCCAUUUUUGAUGACACAGUCACAUCACUGGCUGCAACAAAAGUCCUAGGCUGCGCCACUUUCUCCACCAAGGAUGUUUAUCCAGCAUGCCGCUCUCUCCAAGCCCAUUUCCUGGGUGGGACACUCACCAUAUUGGUUGGUGGGGUGGUUGUUGUCACUCUACUAGUGUUCACUGUGGCACUCAUGGUUCGCCACCGUGUUUGCAAUCAUGGUGACCACAUACUAUGUCACAACAGCAACACGGAGGCAGGAGGUGGGGCCUGCUGUCAGAGUGGAGGUGUAGGGAGUGGGGACAAAGGGGGAAACAGUGGGUGCUACCAAUCGAAUGGCUCCGGGGACAUGAUGAUGGUGGUCCUGCCCAAUGGCCUGCCUUCCAAGAGAGGAGGGGAGAAGGACAAGGAGAAGGACAAAGAAAAAGACAAGGAGAAGGACAAGGAAGCAGCUGAUUCUGCCUCUUCUAUGCCCCCGAAACUCCCUCCAAAGCCCAGGCCCAAGCCUAAAGUCAACCUGGAGCAGUUUCUUUCAGCUGGAGGAAUAGUUUCCACAACGACAGGAGUAGGAAGUGAGAUGGCAUUGGUGGUGAGGCAAAGGAAGCUUGAGAAGGCGCCGCCAUACACCCUUGAAAGUGACAGAACUCCCCUCUACUACUCCCCUUCGCCCCCAUCCACCUUACCCCGUCAGUCACACUCCAGGGACCACCCUAAACCCCGUCUGGAGCGAGAACUGACCAAUCGUGCCAGUUUCUCUCUGGCUGCACCCCUGAGAGACUCCGAGCUAUUGGACUGGAGAAUCACUCCCCGAGGCAGGGACAAAUGGAAUGCCUCACAGGCUUAUCAGAGCCCUGUAUCCUGUCUGAGCCCCGCUUGCGGGACCGUUAGCAAACGGCGACACUCAUUGGAUAUGGGCUCCUCUGUUGCCCUAGCAACUGAUGCGGCGGCAACUGUUGCCAAACGCUACGGUGCCGUCAGUUACGCCAAGCGGUUAAGUGUCAUCUGGACGAGGCGGAGCCAGUCGCUUCAUGGAAUGCUGGUGCAGUGCGCCUCCACAACAAGCACAACAUCUUCGACGACCAGCGACGAGGCCGAAAAUGCUGAGGCUUUUGGAGCACGCUGCGAUUUCCAAAGGGGGUACAUUCAUGCUUAUAACACCACCAAUUCCAAUUCUAACACUGGGAUAACUACUGGGAAAGCAAGCAGUGCAAAAGACAGGGGGAGGGAAAAAGCAAAGGACGGAAGGAGCGCUGAAGAACUGGAGGAAAGUGUUGUGUAGGAGGUACUGGAACGGAGUAAAAAAAAAUUCAAGAGGGACAGAGGAUUCUGUGAAAGGACAUGGAAAUGAAUGGGAUCUUGAUUUGAGGAGGGCAAAGAGGUGGAGUCAGUAGAAAUUGAGGGUGCAGAAAAGGGAAGAUGAAGUGAUUGCAGAUGAGGAAAAGAAAGGCUGCAAGUUCAGAGGAAGGUAGAGGACUAAAAUUGACUUGAGUCUCACUUGUGCAGCUUCUUGAUGUGUCCCAGGAGAAGUCAAGAAAAAUGAAGAGGAGAGGGGGAAGGUGCACCUAGAAGUGAGGUGAGGAUUUUAAAAAAGGCUCUUCAUAGCUGACCUGAAGGGUGGAAAAAUAUGUCAGGAGAGAGAGAGAUGCGGUGGGAAAAGUGGGAGAAACAUAAUGGGUGACAGUUUUAAAGUGGUCUUUAAAUACUCAAGGCUGAGCUCAAGCUAUAUCAGUUAAAAACUGAGUGAUACAAGAUAGAAAAGAAAGUAGCAACACAAAAAUAAAACUCAGAAAAAUCAAGACAAGCAGAGUGGCAGUUGAGCAGACAAUGUGAGUGAUAUAUACAGUCACAAAGAGAGGGAGAGAGAUGUAAUCAAAAGGGAAAACAUCAAUAGAGUGACGGAACAAAGGUAUAUAGCAGAGACAGAGAUGGUGUGCGCUCAGUGUGGAUCUCAGUAAAGCCUAUACACUGAUAGAACCAGACUCUUGCUAACACUUCAACUCUCCAGGGCCUCACACCGCAAGAGUUUACACUGGAUCAGAAUCAACAACAACACUGGUAAUACUUCUGACAAAAAAAAAAAAAAAAAUACAGCACAGAAGAAUUGGAUGACAGGUCCUGCUUUGUUGUCUUGCUUUUUGACUCUCACACUGACGGCCAUUUUGAAACUCUUUUCCAAAACACAAUGAAUGUGACUUUUAUGUGUCCUCUGUGGCUGGACAAUGAUUUUGGCUUGCCGUGCCUGCGGAUUAUGGGGGCAUAAAUACAGAGCCGGGUGCACUGGACAUGAUCAAUCGAUAGAGGCUGUAAAGAGCGAGUAGAGCACAGACAUUAUUAAAAGACAGACAUCGGGAUUACAAUGGAGUCGAUAUGGAUUACAGAAUGGACGAGACAGAGGUGUGUGAUGGAACAUGUGCCAUGUGCAUUUCUGAAAGACAAGAUCAUACCGGAUGUUGGAUGAUGCUGGACCGAACAAAUGAAUAAUGCUAAUGGCUGCAUAAGUGUGCAUGCGCUGAUGGAUCAGGGACGGGAUGCGUGUACUUGAGCCUGUACGUGUUUGUCUGUGCACAUGUAUAUGAAUGUUUGUGAGGGCCAGUCCAGUCAGUUGACUCAGUUUGUAUUUAACAAGGUUUAGUGCUUUCUGGACAUGCUGUAAACCGAAUAAGUCUAAAAAUUUAAGAUCAGCAGCGGUCUUGAGGUGCACCCAAAGUGAAAUGUCGGCAUGACAUAUUCACCCAAUUUCAUUUCACAUUUUCAAAACCUGAAUGAAUGAUUAUUUCCGUGGGCAGAAAGCAGAAACCGUUAAGAGGGACUCCAAAUUUCAAAUUAAUUUUUUGUGACUUCAGACUCCCUUGUGCCACAUGGAUUCACUUUAAAUCCAAACAGUGAAUGUUUUGAGAAAGGAAGCAGUUUUAAAAAAUGAAAAUGACAGAACCACUAUGGAUGAUGACUUUGUGUAACGCCUGAUCCUCUGGCACAGACCACAGAGACUCUUAAAAACUUCUAUCUAAAAGAAAAAAAAAAAUGAAAAGAGAAAACUUGAAAGUACAUAUAUAUAUAGUAUAUAUAUAAAUGAUGUAACUUGUCGCACCAUGUGUUUCUGUUUUUCGAAGUUUUCUGGGGAAUGAUGUUAGGAUCAGAUACAAAAUAUAAAAUAUGUGAUUUUUUGUUUUUAGACAAAAAAUCGUCCUGAUUAGAACAGAAAUAUGGUGGACAUAACUCCGCAAAAUAAUUACAGAUCAAAAGAGAUAUAAAGCACACACAGCACAAAACACACUAACUGGCAAGCACACACACCCCAAAAAGAGACAAAGAGAUGCCUAUAAAACAGAGCCAAUUACAUUAACAAUAAUGAAUUUUAACAAUUACUGUUGUUUCCUUUCUGUUUUUAUUUC